CGCUCUUUCCUGGUCGACGCAAUUAUUGACACAAAUACUGACGUCCAGCAGCCGCCAUGACAACGUUCCGCUGCGUGACCCAGCGCUGCGAGGCCGCGACGCUCCUCAUCGACAACGUCGACCAGUACGUGAGCAUCGGCAAAGGCCUCAUUGUCUACGUCUCGUGGGCCAAAGGUGCGACGGCCGACGACUUGCCCAAGAUUGUCAAAUCGUUGCUGACGCUUCGCCUGCUCAGCGCACCGUCAGGCAAACCUCAGAGCAUCUGCGAAGCAUGCACGGCGAGCGGCGAGCCGGUCCACGUGCUCGUCGUGCCCCAAGCGGCGCUCACCUCCAAGGUCCAGCGAGGCAAGAACCUGCAGUGCCAUGGGCAGCUCGGCAAGGACGAUGGUGCCGAGGCUAUCUACCUCGCAUUCGUCCAGCUACUUGGUGAUAUGGCCAAGGACCUCGUGCACGGCGCGACCGCGUCAGAGCUGCAACUGCCCGUGAUCCGCGCCGGCACAUUUGGCAAUCGCCAAGCGCUGGAGUUUCGAUCCGAAGGACCGUUUACGCACAUGUUUGAGAUGUAACAAGUUGGAAACAAAAGCGGUUUCUAUGGUGGC